UAUAAAGGUUCCCAUUUAGGAUGGGAGAUAGGUUGAGUGGUUUGAGAAGAUAGUGUAAGUGAGAGGUACCGAGCACUUCACUUGCAUUAAAAAGAAGAAAAAGGUUCGAAUCUAGAAUUCUUACUUUUGUCGGCUUGGUAAUUGGAAUAUGUCCGAAAAAUAAUAGUGAAGCCAAGACUGAUAUUUGAUGCAAGAUUUCAGGACACGAGGAUCCUCACUAGCUGACAUUGAAGCAUUGUGCUUAUCGAAACAAAUCUAGCCAGGAGCUGCGUGUUGAUUUUCAACUUUGAUGUUGAACCUAAGUUACUGCAUAAAUUCCAACUGCCGGCCGUUCUUCCUGUCACCUUCUUCCUCUCCGACGACUUUUCAGACCCCCUUCCCCAACGAACAGUAUAUAUUGAACGCAGACACCCAACAGUAGGGCCAUGUCAUCAGCAACACAAUCAUGGCUUACGCGAAGACAGCCGUUAACCGGCAAGAAGCGCUCUUGAUCAUAAUCUUCGCUUUCUUGAUUUCAUUCUCGUCUAUUAUGGCUUCUACUGAUGCUUUGGAUUCAUGUAAACCAACUGAUUCAGGCCCUGUUGUGAAGACCACGCCUUUAGUUUCCUUUCUUGAGACUGUUCAACAAACGUCCCUCAAAACGUUUGGGCACAAAAACUUUGAUCCCAAGCUUUACGUCGACAUGUCCUUGAAAUACAAUCUUAAUACUACCUUGGAGGCUUUUAAUAAGCUUUCAAUUGCUGAUAACGGGUCGGUUUCUGUUAGCGACUUGAAUGAUUUUUUAGGCCAAUAUUUGGAGGGUGCUGAUGAGGAUUUGGUGUAUGCUGAGCCAGUGGACUUUGCUGCUGAGCCUCGAGAUUUUCUACCCAAUGUGGAGAACCCUGAGAUGAGAGCUUGGGCAUUGGAAGUCCAUUCCCUCUGGAAGAAUUUGAGCAGGAAAGUUUCUGACACGGUUCUGGAGAAGCCUGAAUUGCAUACUUUGCUGCCAUUGCCUAAGCCUGUUAUUAUUCCAGGAUCCAGAUUUCGAGAGGUUUAUUACUGGGAUUCUUACUGGGUAAUCAGGGGCUUGCUGGCCAGUAAAAUGUAUGUCACGGCAAAAGGAAUUGUGACCAACCUUAUUUCCUUAAUUGAUGAAUUCGGUUAUGUACUUAAUGGUGCAAGGGCAUAUUACACUAACAGGAGCCAGCCCCCACUCCUGAGUUCUAUGAUCUUUAACAUAUACAAUCAAACAGGAGAUGACGAAUUUAUCAAAAGUUCCCUUCCUGCGCUGCUUAAGGAGUAUGAGUUUUGGAAUUCAGGGAUACAUAAGGUGUCCAUUAAAGAUGCUCAAGGAGAGAUCCACAAUUUAAGUCGGUACUAUGCAAUGUGGAAUACUCCUAGGCCUGAAUCUUCAUCAAUUGACCAAGAAACAGCUUCAAGGCUUUCAAAUGUUUGUGAGAAAACACAGCUGUACCGUGAACUGGCAUCAGCAGCUGAAUCUGGAUGGGAUUUCAGUACUAGAUGGAUGAGGAAUGCAUCUGAUCUUACAACAUUGUCUACAACAUACAUAGUUCCUGUGGAUUUGAAUUCAUUCAUUCUGAAGAUGGAACUUGACAUAGCCUUUUUGGCAAAUGUUACUGGAGAGAGUAGCAUAGCUGCAAGAUUUACAGAAGCUUCUGAAGCUAGGAAAAAGGCAAUGAACGCAAUACUUUGGAAUGCAGAGAAGGGGCAGUGGUUUGAUUACUGGCUUACUGAGACCAAUACUUCCAAGGAUGCAUAUACCUGGGAAGCUUCAAACCAGAAUCAGAAAUCAUUUGCAUCAAACUUCAUUCCCUUGUGGGUCAACUUGUUUCAUUCAGACGCAACGAUGAUGGAGAAAGUCAUUCAAAGUUUCCAAACUUCAGGCUUGCUUCGUCCUGCAGGGAUCGCAACUUCUUUGACAAAUACAGGACAACAAUGGGACUUUCCAAAUGGUUGGGCACCUCUUCAACACCUAAUUGUUGAGGGAUUGGUGAGAUAUGGGUCGGAGGAAGCAAAUUCAUUAGCCAAAGACAUUGCAUUGAGAUGGAUUAGAACCAAUUAUGUUGCUUACCAGGAAACAGGGGCAAUGCAUGAGAAGUACGAUGUUGAAAAAUGUGGAGAAUUCGGAGGUGGCGGUGAAUAUAAGCCUCAAGUUUUGGAUGGUCAAAUGGAGUUGUAUUGGCAUUUUUAGAGGAAUUUGGAUGGCCAGCAGACGUGAAGGUGGGUUGCCAGUGAGCAAGGACAUAAAGAAACAUAUAACCCUGCUCUACUGUAGCGAAAAAGAUGUAGGCUGCAUUACAUAUAAUACUUGUCGGUAAAAUUUGAAGAUUCUGUCAUCUUUAAAAGUCGCAGUUGGCAAUUCAUUACCUCUUAGCCUGUAACUGGAGUUGAAAUGUGUCAUUGAUAUAAAUUGUCCUUGUCUAAUAAAGCAGAAUCAAUUCACUGUUCUUGUUUU